UAGAAAAUCUUAAGGUGUGAUAUCAAGAAUUGUAUAAAUACAAGAGAUUGUAAAGAAUUAAGUAUCAUUUGAUUGCUUGCUCUAUCCAAGUGAUCUAAAACUAAAACAAACAAACUAAUCAAAAUGAAACUAUUUCUUAUUGGAUUAGCCUUAUUGGCAACAGCUUAUGGAGAAUACUCCAGUGAAUAUCAAGUUCCUCAAGAUAGUCUUUCUGUUCUUGAGGAAAUUGAGGCUCUUCCCAAGCCUGCUGCUGCCCAGUCAGUCGAAAAUGGAUAUCGUUACAAGACCGUAAGACGUUUCCGUGCCCGUCAUCGUCGUGAUGUCAGUGAACUUGUAUCCCCCGAAUACUUGCCACCUGUUGAACAACAAUCCUUCGAAGCUCCAUCCAAUGAAUACUUGGCACCAAUUGCCCCUGCUGCACCCGUUGUUGAGGUUGCUUCCGGAGUUCUAGCCGAUGAUGGCUACCGUUACAAGACAGUUCGUCGUUUGCGUUUCCGUCAUCGUCGUGAUGUCAGUGAAUUAGCUUCUUUACCAUCAAACGAAUAUUUGCCACCUCUAGAGGAGUCUUUCGCAGUAAGCCCUCAAGAGUUGCAGUCUCUUUCAGAGACUAGUGUUUUGGCUGAUGAUGGUUACCGUUACAAGACCCAAAGAAGGAUCAGGUACCGUCAACGUCGUGAUGUGAACGAACUUCCAUCCAACGAAUACUUGCCCCCAGUUGAGAUUGCUGCCCCAGUCUCCGCUCCAAUCUCCGCCCCAAUUGCUGCCCCAGUUGCUGCUCCAGUCAUCAUCGAAGCUCCAGUCCAAGAAUCAGCAGUCCUUGCUGAUGAUGGUUACCGUUACAAGACUGUCAGGAGGAUCAGGUACCGUCACCGUCGUGAUGUGAACGAACUCCCAUCCAACGAAUACUUGCCCCCAGUUGAGAUUGCUGCCCCAGUCUCCGCUCCAAUCUCCGCCCCAAUUGCUGCUCCAGUCAUCAUCGAAGCUCCAGUCCAAGAAUCAGCUGUCCUUGCUGAUGAUGGUUACCGUUACAAGACCGUCAGGAGGAUCAGGUACCGUCACCGUCGUGAUGUGAACGAACUCCCAUCCAACGAAUACUUGCCCCCAGUUGAGAUUGCUGCCCCAGUCUCCGCUCCAAUCUCCACCCCAAUUGCUGCUCCAGUUGCUGCUCCAGUCAUCAUUGAAGCUCCAGUCCAAGAAUCAGCUGUCCUUGCUGAUGAUGGUUACCGUUACAAGACUGUCAGGAGGAUCAGGUACCGUCACCGUCGUGAUGUAAACGAACUCCCAUCAAACGAAUACUUGCCCCCAGUUGAGAUUGCUGCCCCAGUCUCCUCUCCAAUCUCCGCCCCAAUUGCUGCUCCAGUCAUCAUUGAAGCUCCAGUCCAAGAAUCAGCUGUCCUUGCUGAUGAUGGUUACCGUUACAAGACCGUCAGGAGGAUCAGAUACCGUCACCGUCGUGAUGUGAACGAACUCCCAUCCAACGAAUACUUGCCCCCAGUUGAGAUUGCUGCCCCAGUCUCCGCUCCAAUCUCCGCCCCAAUUGCUGCCCCAGUUGCUGCUCCAGUCAUCAUUGAAGCUCCAGUCCAAGAAUCAGCUGUCCUUGCUGAUGAUGGUUACCGUUACAAGACCGUCAGGAGGAUCAGGUACCGUCACCGUCGUGAUGUAAACGAACUCCCAUCAAACGAAUACUUGCCCCCAGUUGAGAUUGCUGCUCCAGUCUCCGCUCCAAUCUCCGCCCCAAUUGCUGCCCCAGUUGCUGCUCCAGUCAUCAUUGAAGCUCCAGUCCAAGAAUCAGCUGUCCUUGCUGAUGAUGGUUACCGUUACAAGACCGUCAGGAGGAUCAGGUACCGUCACCGUCGUGAUGUAUACGAACUCCCAUCAAACGAAUACUUGCCCCCAGUUGAAAUCGCUGCCCCAAUCUCCGCUCCAAUCUCUGCCCCAAUUGCUGCCCCAGUUGCCGCUCCAGUCAUCAUUGAAGCUCCAGUUCAAGAAUCAGCUGUCCUUGCUGAUGAUGGUUACCGUUACAAGACCGUCAGGAGGAUCAGGUACCGUCACCGUCGUGAUGUGAACGAACUCCCAUCAAACGAAUACUUGCCCCCAGUUGAGGUUGCUGCCCCAGUAGCUGCCCCAAUCGCUGCUCCAAUUGCUGCCCCAGUCGCUGCUCCAGUUGCUGCUCCAGUCAUCAUUGAAGCCCCAGUCCAAGAAUCAGCUGCUCUUGCUGAUGAUGGUUACCGUUACAAGACUGUUAAGAGGUUCAGGUACAGGUACCGUCAUUAA